AGUGAGACUUCGAAGCCCGUUUCCUGUUGAUGGAUGGAGAGGAUUACUUGAAUUAUUUCGGAGACUUUUAGGUCUGCAGUGCUUUUUAUAAUGCCUAAAUCUCUUCAUCCUAAUGCAACAACAAUAAUUAAGAAAGGUAGAAAUUAAGCAUUAUAGUAACACUAAUGCAAGGUCACACUUCACACAAUGGGGGAACGAGUCACAGCCAGCCCCUCCCGAAUCCCUGUACUCAUGCAAUCCAAUAGUCACCAAAUCAAUGGAACCACAGAAAGACCAGAGAAUACUGAUGGCAGUGGACAGGAAAACGGACAGAAAAGAGGACCUCAGAAUCACGCUGAGUCCAAAGGUUUUGAGACAUUUUUGAUGACCGGGGAAAUGAUCAUCAGAACUUCUCAAAAAACCCGCAACCCCUCUAGUAGAAAUGCGUCAGAUAGUACAGAUGAAUCUUUCGAUAGUCAGUCUAGUCUUACAAUGAAAUGUAAUCACUUGUCGGCCGAGUCUGGGUUUGAGGAUCACGACACUCAGGAGAAGACAUUGGCAACAGAUGCAGCGGAGGACAUCGGUAGCCCAAUGAGCUCCUCACAAAGUUCUGCAUUGUCCUCUGAUCUCAAGUCAGAUGUUUCAGAGCAGACAGUGAUAAGACAGAAUAUUGGCAGCGAAUCAGCUAGUGUGACUGACAGCAGUUCAGGAGUUGUGUCCCCUGAUAACUCUAAUGGGGACUUAACUGUUGAUGACUCCAUGAAGGACUCCACUGAAUCAGGGAAAAUGGUGACAAGUAAAAGUGCCGAUAAAAUCGCCUCAUCAGGUCACCAAGCAGUGAGAGGAAGUAAAAGCCAGGAAUUACGAACUAAUACAAGUGAAUUCUCCACUGUUAAUAUAGACAUUGAGGAAGAUGUGGCACAAUCUCUGGACCAGAUCCCUCAGCAAGGAAAGAACUCUUUUCAAGCAAAUGUAAGCAGGAGUGUGGAAAGCUCACCAGAACACGGCAAGUCAGACAGAAGUCAUGAUCGAGAAUUCAUCCCUGGCUUCAUCAGUCUAGAUGGCAAUGUGAAUGGUGCUAAUACCUGUGAUACUAACAGUGAAAAUGAAACAUGUGCCAAACAAGGGGACGACAGUGUUCGGUCCGAUGGGGACAUUUCUCAUAGAUCUGAGCGAGACUCUCUAGAUCCCUCCAUGGAUCCCAAUCUGCUGGAUUAUCAGCCACCAACAAAGAGUGUGGAUCAACCAUCCGCACACAGGCUGGCCAAGCGGUUGUUUCAUAUGGAUGGGUUCAAGAAGUCUGACAUUGCCAGACAUCUUUCAAAGAAGAAUGAUUUCAGUUCGCUGGUGGCUGAAGAAUACUUGAAGUAUUUUGACUUUGAAGAUGAUACUCUAGACAUGGCAUUACGGAAAUUUCUCAGUCAAUUUUCUCUCAUUGGUGAAACUCAGGAGAGAGAGCGUGUCCUUGAUCAUUUUUCCCGAAGAUACAUGGAGUGCAAUCCUAGAUCUUUUAACUCUGUUGAUGCUUGUCAUACCCUAACAUGUGCCAUUAUGCUGUUAAACACUGAUCUUCAUGGACAGGGCAUUAGAAAGAGAAUGACCUGUUCAGAAUUUAUUGAGAACUUAGCAGAAUUGAAUGACGGAGAAAACUUCUAUAAGGAGGUUUUGAAGUGUAUAUACCAUGCCAUUAAAACAGACCAAAUUGAAUGGGCUGUGGAUGAUGAUGAAGAUGAUACCUCACAAGUAGAGGAAACAUUACCUCCCCCUAGUCAGCCUGCCGUUUCUCUGCAUAAUCCAUACCUUGAUAUUCCUGAUCCUAGUCAAACAACAGAAUACAAGAAUGGGUAUAUAAUGAGGAAAUGCUGUAAAGAACCUGAUAGUAGAAAAACUCCACUUGGCAAGAGAGGAUGGAAGGUGUUUUACUCGUCGCUGAGAGACAUGGUGCUCUACCUGUACAAGGACCAGCACAGCAAAAGUCAGCUGGUGGACGGCACACAGAACGCCAUCAGAAUACACCACUGUCUGGCCUCCAAAGCCACCGACUACACCAAAAAACAGCAUGUGUUCAGACUAGAGACAGCCGAUUGGGCGGAAUAUCUUGUACAGACCAGUGACAGCAAAGAGCUUCAGUCCUGGAUUGACACCAUCAAUUAUGUGGCUGCCAGUCUGUCAGCACCUGCCUUGCCAAAUGCUGUGGGAUCACAGAAAAAGUUCCAGCGCCAGCUGUUGCCUGCUACCUACUCUAAACUCAACUUGAGAGAGCAGUUGGAGAGCCAUAGUAACAAAGCUCAUGAGAUUGAGAAAGAUUUGCAUGAGCAUAGACAGUUUCCUCCAGAGAAGGGCUCCAAAGCCAGAAUCAUCCAAGACUACAUAGAAAAAGAAAGCUACCUAGAACAUGAGUUGAAGCGAUACAACACAUACAUUUACCUGUUAAAAGCUCACAUGGCUGCCUUUCCUGAACUGGAACCUUCGCUCGUGGAGACCGUUAUUGGUGAAGUAGACGAGUCAGGUGACCUAGAUAGGCGAGCCUCGCCUUCACAUAGGGGCGGAGUCCAGCGGAGCUUGUCUGAGAGGGUCGAAGAUUUCGGUACUCUUGUUUAGUGACAAAUACUGAAGAAAAUUCCAAUAGUGGCCUCGUAAAUGGCGAGUAUAUAAACACGGAGUCUGCUGUGACCCACCUCUAGCCCACACUUGUCUCUCAGACUUACAACUUCAAGUCAUCUACAAGUCAACUCAAAUUAAUUCAUAGCACUCUAUGUAGAAAUUGAAUUCACAAGAAUUUAUCUGUGAUCCUGUGCACAAUUUAAUAUGCACACAUUCUAUAACAGACAAUCUGACUCUUAUUUACCAAAUUACUCUUUGGUACAAAAAUUAUAUAUAUAUAUAUUAUAUAUAUAUAUAUAUACAUUGUGAGGGAGGCCCUGUAACCGGCUCGUAGUGGUUCAGCAGGCCCUGCACCUAGCUUGUGUUGUGUUUUUCCAAAAACAUGGGAUUUGAUGCUGCUUGCAUAGUCAAACAUCAUAUCUGGUGCUAGAAUAUAUUUAUUGCUGAGUUAAUGUUAGUGCAUAUUCAUUUAACCGUAUUAAUUUUCUGUAUCUGAUAUGUAUUUAGUUUAGCAUUUUAUUUUAGCAAUUUUUUGUUUUAUUUCUUGUAUUGUCAAUGUUUUAUUUUAUUAAUCGCCAGUUUUAUCAAUUUAAUAAAGAUUUUUAAAAUCAUGCAAAGUAUAUAUUUUGUAAUCAGAGCAACACUGAUAAAGAAUAUAAUGCUUCCUAUCUUCUCUGAUUGGAAAAUUAUAAUUCUGUGAAUUUCGCAAGUGUCAAUUGAAAUGUUUGCAUUGGAGUGAUUAACAUUUGUCCUUUAGACUUUUUGUAAUCAGUUAUUAUUUUAAUAUGAAUGAAACUACAGUUGGGAGAAAAAUGAAAAUUACUCUCCCUACAUGUACAUCCCCACAAGAACAAAAAAACAAAACUACUUCAUACUUUUUCAGGCUUCUUCAUCAGUCUGUUCACCAUGGAAUUUUAAACAAAAUAUUCAGAAUAUAUUAUUAAUUUAAUCCAGAAGUUCAAAAUUCAAAUUUUAAUUUGAAAUAUGAAGUUUUUAAGAUUCAAAACAAUCUCUAAGUGAUUAUCAUUGAUGUCCAAACACAAAAGUUGUUGUUAUUUUUCAAUGAUUUUCCAUGGAUUUUAAUAGACUGUCAUAGUGCCUCAAUCUUUCAAUAAAUCUACUAAUGCAGCUGCCACACAAUGCAGUACCAAUGAAGAGCUUCAAAUUGAAACUUAUAUUGGUUUUAAGUAUUGAUGCACAUUAUGUCACUUAUGUCACUUACUUUGACAUAAGAACUGUUGUUCUAAUUGAGUUAGUCCCAGCUGAGAUUUUAUGAUCACAUUGCAUCCAUGCAUUUGUUAACUUUUAACAUUUCAACUUCUUCUAUUAAACCAUUCAGAAAUGCAUAUAUGAGUAAAAACCAAAUUUAUUUAAUUUCAUGAGCCAGGGUGUGGCUCAGAGUUCAUGUAUUUAAAAGUGAAAACAGAGAGGAAGACAAAAGUUCAAUUUAAAACAGCUGUUACUCAGGUGAGUAAUGUAUCCUAUGGGCCUUUUGUUAAGAUCUCGUGUGAAAUACCCUUAACUUAAAUUUAUAAUGUAUAGAUAAUUGGCAAAGCAACAAAUAUUACCUAUUUUAAUGACAUGAUCCUACUAAGGAACCUGUAGAUUAAUUGCAAAAGUUGUUCAGAAUAAAUUCAUUUAAUAACUUUAAAGUUUAGCUUUACCAAAUAUCAGAGAGGACUAUCUUGUGGUUAAGCAUUGGCAGACAUGUAAAUAAACAGUCACUGUACAUUCUACAGUUGCCAAGUACAGAGAAUUAACUAUUAAACCAUCAUGUGUAUUCCAUUGUCUUUGAUACGGUCAAAUAUCUGUUGGUAUUUUAAAAAAAUUCUCCAAAAUCUUUUUUGCCCAAAAUGCAGAAACUUGUAUGGAAGCAUUCUCAGGUAGUUUAGAUAUAAGUUAGUUCAAAUCAUGAUUCCUUGGGGUAGGGUGGAGCCACAGUGUGGUUGGGGCAGGAUCGGAUUUUUACAUAACGGUAGAAAUAUGUAGAGAAAAAUCUUCUUUUACAAAACUUAUCAGCCAGAAAUGCUGUCACUUGUGUGGAAGCAUCCUCAGGUGGUAGAUUCAAGUUUGUUCAAAUCAUGAUCCCAAGUGGUAGGAUGGGGCCACAAUGGGUGAGGGGAUGAAUUUUUACCUAGGAAUAUAUAGAGAAAAAUCUUAAAAACUUUCUUCUUUUUGUAUUAAUAUAAAGAAAUAUAUAUCCCAUUAUGGAAUAUUAUAAAUGUUAAGUAUUUGAAUAACAAACUUGAGUUAUUUUUGUCAAUCAUAAACCUUACAUUGCUUCAUUGACUUAGCCUGUCAAUUUUUUUAUGGAUAAUACGUACCAAUACCCAAAAUACCAGAAAAAGUUAGUUUAUUGGUUGUUCAUCUACAUAUACCUUUAACCACUCUGGUGUGGGUGUUGAUUCUAUGGAUACAGAUGGCCAGGAGGAAUCGGUCACAGGAGUUAAGCCAUAUUUUCAGCAUGGGUGAUGUACCAAAUAAUUUUGGAGCCAUAUUCCUGUGUAAAGUAACUACUGACAAGUGUUGAGGUGAUCUUUUUGUAGUCUUUGCUUAUCCCAGCAUGUUGAAUGAUUGAAUACAGUUUUCAUAGAUUUCAAAUAUACACAUACAUUUCAGAAUUUAAGUAUAUUUUUACAUGUAGUACCUCACUUUAGUGGAGUGUUAAAGAACAUACUGCAUAUCAAAACACAAAAUAUGAAUAUCAUUUCCAUACAAUAUCUGUAUUGGGAUGCAUGUUAAUUGUUAAUUUAGAGAAGCAUACAUUUUUGGAAACUUGUGGUUUUAUUUGAGUUUCAUUUACAUGUAGAAUGUUUGACUUCAUUUAAGUUGGGAGAUGAGGAUGAUUGCUAAAUAUAUGGUUUGAUUUCUAUCCUGCACAAAAUACAAUACCUAGCUAGGGUUAACGAGUGAAGUUAAUUUAGGGACAAUGCAACGUAAUGAAAAAUGUAUUAUAUGAAUUGAAUUUUAGAAAAUUUAUUGUACAUUAUAUAAUAGCUAUCUCUUUACUUUUAUAAACAACUUUUCAACUGAUUACAUAACAUAUCACCUGACUGUAUGAAUAUACAUGCAGCAGCAUUAUAAGCUAGCAGAAAUUUUAUUCUAUAUUUUAUUAUCGAACUAACAUUUUUUUUUACGUAAUUUUAUAAAAAUGUGUACAUGUAUUUAUUGGUGUUGUUGCCUAAGGAACACAGUGCUUUUAUGCAUGUAUGUAUGCACAUGGUUCCUUUUUAACGACAAAUAUUUAUCGAUAGUAUUUGAUAAAGCAUUGUCUUUAUU